GGCCUGCGGUAAAGCCGUUCUCGCGCUCCGGUGUAAACUCGGCUUCGACGACGGCACGUAAUCGGUGGACAAUAUUGGUCCGGAGUGCGCUCGUCGCGCGUGUACGCGAGUGUUCACACCGCACCAGCCCGGGAGCGCGCUCUCUUGUUUUUGUUGUUGUUGUUGUUGUUAUUGUUGUUAUUACCAUUAUUAUUAGGCUUUCGUUUGCCGCCGCCGCUAACUCGACGGUCCGUCGCCCGUGACCAGAGAGACACACACGGUCGUCGACGAUUGUUUUCCGCUAGUCGAACACCCGCCGCCGCCGGUCGUAGUUGUGCAACGCUCCGAGUGCGCGUGCCCGCCGCGGAACGAAAAAACGGGUUUCGCCCGGAGGAAAACGUACGACGACCGCAGAGUUUUAGAACCGUUUGAGUAGGGGCGCGCUCGAAAGGUUUUCGUAAUAUUAUCCUCGCGCGCGGUUCGACGUCCGCGUGUCGCAACUUGUUAUUCGCCUGGUCACGUCGUCGUUUUCACGUACCUACCUCAGCGCUCCCGCACGGAGAUCGUUUUUUUCUUUUUUCUUUUUCUAAUUUUCCUUUCCGUUCCCGGUUCUCGUAAAAACGCUGCUGCACGGCGCCGCCAUCGCCGCCGCCGCGACAUUCAUCCGCAACCACCAUGUCGGCCGAGUCCCGUGAGAUGGAAGAAAACUUCGAGACGAUAAAAGGGCUAUUCGUCAACAUGACCCAAGCAAUAAUGCAGAACGAAAAGCAACAGCAAAAAUUGGAAAAAGACAUAAAAAUGCUCGAAGACUCUAACAAACUUCUGCACGAGUCCAAUGACAGAUUGUUGAGAGUGAACGAAAAACAGCGGACAAUGCUUGACACUUUGGAUAAAUACAAGGAUAAAAUUAAUUUGCUAAGCACUGAAUUAGAUGAUGUGAAAAAGGAAAAUAUACGAUUGAAAGACUCGAUUAAUAACAGACCUCAAUGUGUACCACAGCCAUGUACCGAUGCAUGUUCGUCAGACACAUUAAAAAUCUACAACGGAUUACUUCAAGACAAAAUUGUUGAUCUUGAAAAACAGCUUCUGGAUAACCAAAAUACAUCAUGCCAACAAGUCUCUAAUACUCGUAUUUAUGAUCUUUUAAAUCAAAUUUCCAAAUGUAACGUUAGAAUCAACACAUUACAUAUGGAAAACAAAUCGUUGAAAGAACAACUUUCAAACUUCCGAAACAUGCAUACUCAGAUAAUAGCUGAAAUGCAAUUAAAUAAUAUCAGUAAUGCUAAUGGUGGUGGUCUACUGGAAAGUACUAGUGAUGAAAGCAUUCAUCCUAUGAUAAUUGAUCAAAAUGAUGAAAACGAACUAAAACCACUUCAAGUGAAUAUUAUAGACAGCGAUGCAGAUGAGUCAACAAGUCCGUAAUUUUCAUAGAAGAUUUGAUCGGUACCAUUUUUUUUUUUUUAACUACUUUCUUAAUUUGUUAUUCAUUACUAUGUUAAUUUGUUAAAAUAAAUGUAUUCAUUAGCUUAUAGUUAUUCGAAUAAGUAGCUUCAUAAAAAUAUAUAUUAAUUAUAUCAAGAGAUUUUUUUUUUUUUGGUUAUUCAAUAAUACAUUUUCUGCUCAUUGUUUAUUUUUCGACAGAAACCUUUAACUGAGGAGUGUUACUUUAUUAGCUUUAUUAACUUAAAUAUCAAAAAUGUUUCAAUGGUCAUAAAUAAAUUUUAUUACUAGAUAUUGUGUUGUUAAGAUGAUUAUAACAAUGUGAAAUUUAUAUCAUUGCUAUUAAGUAAAAGGUUUGCGCCAUUUUUAAAUAUUGAUGAUUAUUUGCACCCAUUUA